CGCCAUGAAGUCCCAACUCGGCGCAGCUCUGCUUCUCGGUCUCGUCCUCGUCGGGGUCCACGCCGACGGAGACGGAGAUGAACUACUGGAUGAAGCGAGAUGCUUAGGAGGCCGGAUCACUUAUCUGGGCCGGAAUUCCCUCCGCAACGCGAGGAUAACCUGCAUCCUGUCGAUCGCCGCGGCGACGACCACGGCGAACCCGAACGGCGGCAUCGUCCUCAGCGCGGAACUGCAGCGGGAGAUCCUCGAGCUCUAUCACGAACUCUCCACGAUCAACAACGCCGCGGCGGGUGAGAACGAAAUUCUCCCGCGAUUCGCGAGCGGGGCGGAAUCGGCACGUCCGCCAUUCGCCAUUCGCCUCCCGGCCCGCUUCGAACUUCGAGCGAGGCUUCUGGAAGACUCGCGGCCACGGCCCGGCCCCCUCCGCGUCUAA